AAAGGGAACUUCAGUCCCUUGUUAAAUCACACAAAUGAAUGCCCUUUACAACCAAGUAUCCGUAGCAACAUCCUUCUAUUAGACGCCCGUUAUUGAUCUUUCUGCAGAAAGCAGGAGGUCCGGGCACCUUCGAUUUCUGACUCAACACAGUGUAGAACUACGCUGCUGCGAACGGCAAAGAGUCGCCAUCGAUCUCCGCCAUGCCGGAGUCAGGCAACAGUCUUGCGACGUGGAAAAGGCUUUUCAGAGCUGCAUUGAUCGGUGGUCAGACGCCUCUGUUUUCCGAUCCUUCGAGUUCAAGUUCGCCCAGCCUCGGGUCCUUGAAGUCAUGUCCAAGCCCAGGCCUCAGCUGCUCGGGCCACGGCGGCUCUACAUCUGACACUUGCUGCAUCAACUAUCCCGGCGGGCAGUUUGCGCUGACGCAGUUCUGGAAUUCUGACCCGCACGCGGGACCGCCUGGGUAUCUUGGACCCAAAAACACGUGGACCGUCCACGGCCUAUGGCCAGAUCACUGCGAUGGGCACUUCGACUCCGUGUGCGACUGCAACAGGAGCGGGGACUGCUCGUCUGCAAACUACAAGUGCCCGCGUUCGUCAUGUAACAGGGAGUACUCGAGCAUCACGAACAUCUUGGAGAAGUUCGGGCAGCACGAUCUGCUGCGGUAUAUGGGGGAGCACUGGAAAGGGAUUAACGGCGACGAGCAUCUGUGGCAACACGAGUGGUCCAAACACGGGACGUGCGUAAGCACGUUGGAGCCGGCUUGCUACGUGAACUACACCGCGACGCAGGAAGUGGUGCAGUACUUUCAGAAAGCGGUCGAGGUCUACAAGUCCCUGCCAAGUUUCGAGUGGCUCGAGGCAGCGGGCAUCGUGCCCUCGGACGAGAAGACGUACACGCGCGCGGAGAUCGAAGCGGCGCUCGAGGCGCCGCGUGGCGCGAAGGCGAUCAUCCAGUGCGACCCCAGACGCCCGACAGAGCUGCGCGAGAUCUGGUACCACUUCCGCGUCAAGGGGUCGCUGCAGCAGGGCGAGUUCGUGCCCAGCGACCCAGACUUCUCCGGCGUCGGCGGCUCCAAGGACACGUGCCCGCAGACGGGCAUCCGAUACCUGCCCAAGCGCGACGCGAGCGACGGCCCCUCGCCCACGGCCACCGCGCCACGCCCGACGGGCACGCGCUCCCCCGGCGCCAAAGGCCGACUCGUCGUCAAGCUGAAGGACGGCGGCCAGCGCGGCUGUCUAAUCAGCAGCGGGAAGUGGUACAACACCGUCGUCGGAUCGAGCUGCGCGUUGUUCCACGCCCACUGGGCUGGCGACCGGGUCACCCUCCGCUCGAGCAAGGGCCCGUGUGGCCUUUUGGAUGACGAGUUUUCGUGCGGACCCUCCGCGCCGCUCACCCCGUUCCAGGUCAAGGACGGGAAGUUGAUCACUGGCGACGGGACGAGUGCGUGGUCUGCGGACAGUGUGCCCAGAGGCACGGAGCAACAGGUCGUGUAUUCUACGAACGACUACGACGUGCAGCUGGACAUCUUGUGGAGGCAGUAGGCGGAAAAAGAUCUUGUCAUUGUAGAGGAUCAUGUAUCACCAUCACGUAGAAGAUACCCGAUAUGAAAUCACAAACUCGAGAGAAUCUGCUCGGUGACAGUGAAGGGACCACGACACUUUUCUCCCCCGUUGCUGUCGCGCGAAAAGCAGAAAAAUCACAUCGCGUCGAGACCAGUCUCACGCAAGAUGUGCCCAACCGCUUUAAACUAUGCAGAUACAUUUUUAUUUCG